AGUUAGGCAUUUCUACAUCCUAUCUCUUACCUAGUUCUAAAGAAUGUGGGUAGAACCAUAUAACCAAGCUUCAGUUCUUUUUGGUCCCUUUGACCUCGGUGGGAAAAGGAAGCUAUAUUUAUCUAUCCAAGUGAACUCAGUGAGGGGCAAAGAUAAUGGGGAAGAGAUCAACAGGUAGAUGGUAGGGCUUCCUAGUGAGAAGAGUUUUAAUAGGCUAUUCUUAAUCUUAAAACAAAAGAAGCUAUACACAUGAUUCCCAAAAUUUGGAAAGAAAGCUGAAUCAAUUAAUCUUGGCUUGUCAAAUCUUGGCAUAAAGAUUACCACUGGACACUUUACAAGCUGGAGUGAUCUGCAAUUCUUUCUUCCUUUAGCCUGGCUUCAAUUAUUAGAGGCCACUCCAGUCCUCAUAAACAUUGUAAUUGAUUUCAUAUUUACCCUAUUUCACCUCCUAUAAAAGCUAGUAGAAGUCUUCGGAAUUCUCAGCUGUUGAGAGGCUCUAGACUACUGAUCACCUAGCAAGCAGAGUGACUAUCUGCACAAAAAAACAACAACAACCAACUGAAGAUCCACAGAAGUCACCUGUUUCUCUCCUUCAACAGUAGAAGGAUGAAUAAAAUCAUUGUUUAUGAGCAAGAAGACUUCAGUGGGCUCAAGAAAGAAUUUACUUCAGAUGUCCCAGACCUACGCAGUGUGGACUUCGGGGACUGCAUUUCUUCCCUGAAGGUGAUUGGCCAACCGUGGAUAGCCUUUCCUGAUCCAGACUAUAAAGGGGUGCCUGCUGCGUAUGAGGAAGGUGAACACAAAAGUCUCUCCUUAAACAAUCAAAUUUCUUCUCUCCGUCUUGUGACUGAAGACUUGGAAAAUCCUCAGAUCACACUUUAUGAGCACCCUAAUUAUGAAGGGGUAAGUAAAGUGAUCACUGAGGAAACCGACCUGACUUAUGGCUAUUUUAAUGAUAGGGCAUCUUCUCAUGUUGUCCAAAAAGGUGCCUGGCUCCUCUAUGAACAUUCACGUCGAAAAGGUUGGUUCUGUGUAGCUCGGGAAGGAACUAAAAAUCCUAAUUAUGGUCCGCUAUUUAAUUUUCAUGAUAAAUGCUCCUAUGUAUAUCCCCUUAAAGGUGGCCGGGCAUCUGUUGCUGCCAAGAUCUUGUGGGAUCUCAAGAAAAUAGAGAGUGAGAGGGAAGUGGUGCUCGAUGAGAUUAUUGGUAUUAACAACACAGAUUAUGAACAGACAUUCACCAGCAUCAACAGCAGAGUGUAUGAGGUAGCCACAAAACAUAGCUUCAAAUUCAUGGCUCCCACCCUUCAGAUAGAUGAGAAGUUCAGCUUAAACAUAGAUCCAAGCACUACCCUCACUGUGGAGAAAGAAAAACCAGAUUCUAUGGUUACUUCCGACAAAAUUGAGGUGACGGUAUCUGUCAAGAUCCCACCACAUUCAGAACUGAUCGUCCAGGUGAUCAAGAAGGUGGUCACGGCCUCAGUUCCUGUGGAGAUGAGCAUCAUCAGAAACAGGAAAACAAAAACAGAAAUUGGGGAGUAUCGCAGCAUGUCUGGACGUCAGGUCAGCACUAAAUACACCAUGAAGCCAAUUGUAGUGAAAAAGAAAACAUAGAGCCAGUAAACCAGCAUAAUCAAAAUGACCAUGUCAGCCACCUCAUCUUUGUUGUGAAAUGAACAUCAAAUAUGACUAUACUGAUGUCAGAAGCUAAAUUUAUUGAGAUUUAUUUCCUGACCCUCCCUCCUCAACUUAUCCUCUUCCAUGGAUAUGAGAAUGCUUUAUCUCUUGAAGUGGAUGUCCAAUUACAGGCUCUAUGAUACAUUUACAGUAUAUCCACCAGCCUGCUGAGGUUAUCUCACACAUGAACACUCUGUGUUGUUUGCCUUUGUCAAUUAGUGUGGCGUUCACCCUUAUUAUGUUAAUAAGUCAUGCAUUAUUCAUGUUUUAUGCUGAUAUGGUUGAGAGGUGGGGGCCACUAGAGAUGUUAAAAGGCAGAGCCAGAAAGGGAACUGGGGUUUUUUACAGUCUGAAUCAGAGGAAGAG